AUCAAACUGAGAACACGGGCAUUGAGAAUCCACUCACGCCGACAUGCUGUGUAAAAAGUUGCUUGUGGCGAGCCUUCUAGUGGCUGUUAGCGCCUCAAGUGGCUCUUCGAACGAGUUCUGUGGCCCGAUCGAGCUUCUCGCGGGGCCUGCGGUCAACGUCGUCGGGACGUGGGAUGUGAGGGUGUAUACUGACGGAAUCGUAGAGUGUUCCCCGAAAGAUCAGCGAUGCAAGUACAAAACUUCUCCGAAUGACGAGGGGAUAGAGCUCGUCGUGGAAAGUCUGGUUUGGAGUCGUUCCGAGUCCGACCCUUGCGACCGAAUAGUGCAGGGCAAGUUUGUACUCAGUUCCACGACCGCGAGAGGACAGAUCGCGGUCAUCAUCGCCAUUGGCUUAGCCGGUUUCGCUGUCCUCACGGUAUUUCUCGGUUGCCUCGCGUAUUAUUCGCAUCCCGAUGCUUUUUGGGGACGGAUUCUGAAGCGAAGGAGGAGAUCGAACCAAGCUGCAGAACCCAGGCAAGAGCUUCCCACGAUGUCUGAGUCAGGUUUCACAUCGGUAGCCCUACCCGCGGGAGCGACGAGUUGAGGCUGCCGUCCGGGAAGCCCAAUGUCAUCACUGAUCUGUGAUCGAAAAUAAAAACCACCUCAUUGGGG